AUGAACGAUCCUUCUCCUGAUUUAAUAAAUGAUGCUGAAAUUCAUCAAAAAUUAAAUGAAAAUCAACUUUCAUUUGACGAACUUUUUCAUCGUGUUGAUAAGAAUAAUGAUGGAAAAAUUGAUUUUAAUGAAUUAAUUCAACUAUUAGAACAAUAUGAUAUUGAAAUGUCGCCUAAAAAGCGUGUAGCCGUCGCACGUAGUAUUAUUGAUCAAGGUAGUGGAUUAUCAUUUCAAUCAUCUCUUACGUUUCAAGAAUUUGUUGAUUAUGUUUUAAAACAAGAAAAGAAACUUAGUCUAGUUUUUCGACAUGUAGAUGCUGCUCAUCAAGGAAAAUUCGAUGCAAACGAUUUAGUUUAUUAUUUUAAAAAACUUGGUAUUAUAGUUGAAUUAGAAGAAGCAAGAAAAUUAAUCAAAAAAAUGGAUCAAGAUCAUUCUUUACAAAUAUCAUUUGAUGAAUGGCGUUCAUUUUUUUUGACUAAUCCAGCGGCUCUAGAAAGUAUUACCAGUGAUCCACGUGCAAUGCUUCGCUACUGGCGUAGUGCACCGUAUUUAGAUUUAGGUGAAUCUCCUUAUGGUAUACCUGAAGAUGCACUAACAGAAGGUAAUCAAUGGUGGAAAUAUCUUAUAGCAGGUGGUUUUGCUGGUGCUGUAUCAAGAACAGUUACUGCUCCAUUUGAUCGACUUAAAAUUGUUAUGCAAUAUUUGGGUUCAAGACAACGUAUGAGUGUCAUAAGUGGUUAUCGAUAUUUAGUUAAUGAAGGUGGUGUAAAAAGUUUAUGGCGUGGAAAUGGUGUUAAUGUUUUAAAAAUUAUACCUGAAACGGCAUUACGAUUUGCAUGUUUUGAAGAAGCGAAAAAAAUGUUGAAAAGAAUUCAAAAUAAAGAAUUGAUUACAGAAACAACAAUUGCGGAGCGAUUUUUAGCUGGAGCAAUGGCUGGUUUUCUUUCUCAAACUGUUGUCUAUCCAUUAGAUGUGUUAAAAGUACGUUUAUGUUUAAGACGUACAGGUGAAUAUUCCCAUUGGAGCGAUACUGUCAAACGCAUAUACAAAUUGGAAGGUCCAAAAGCUUUUUGGCGUGGUUAUGUACUCAACCAAGUUGGUAUAGUUCCCUAUGCUGGAUUUGAUUUAGCAUGUUAUGAAAGUCUGAAGCGUCUUUAUAUAACGACACAUAACAAUCGAGAACCACCAAUAUAUAUAGUACUUGCUUGUGGUGCACUUUCAUCAGUUACUGGUCAAUUAGUUACUUAUCCGAUUGCUUUAAUGCGUACACGUCGACAAGGUCAAAUUGUACCAUUACCAAAUAUGGAUCAAAGUAAAUCUCAUCCAGUAUUACCAGCUACAAAAAUGUUAAAAGAAAUAUGGCAUAAAGAAGGAGUGGUUGGAUUUUAUCGUGGUCUUGUACCAAAUAUGUUAAAAGUUGUUCCAUCUGUUUCAAUAUCUUAUUUAGUUUAUGAAACUGUUAUAAAAGCUAUUUCCUGA